CAGCUUACAAAUGUGUCGAUUUUCUGGAUCCUUUAGAUCCUUCUAAGAAAGUAAUUGUAGACUGCCCACCUACAGUGAAUAAAGACGUUUAUGUUAAGCGUCAAACCACCAAUUUCUUUGAAGCAACUCAAAAUUGUACUGCUACUGCAGCCUUGUGUAAUAAUAUCAAAGAGGCCCUUAAUGACGCUGGAAAAGAAAUAUCAAAAGUACUGAAGUUAAAACAGAUAAUCAAAGUAAAUGCUACUUUUACAGACCUUUUUGAUCCAACUUUAUUAGGUAAUGCUAUUAGUGCACGAUAUAUACCACUGACCUCGGAUGAUAAGAUCAUAAGGAACUAUCCUCAAGCUCUUGUGAAACAGUUUUCCUUAAGCGUACAUCCUGAAUAUGAUGAUUACGAUAUUAUUGCAAGUUUUAAUACAGGCGUAAAUUGGUGGUUUAGAACCGAUAACGAAAUAAUCGCUUCUGAUCAAUAUGAUUUUUACGCAGUUAUAUUACAUGAACUUAUACAUGGACUUGGGUUCGCGUCAUGUUGGGAUAAUGCCCUUGAGGCUGCAGUUAAUCAAGAUACCACUGGUCUUACUCCUGAUCCCGUUAUCAAUGAUGACAAUCAAUUUGAAGGAUUUUUGGAAACGAUUUUUGAUAAAUAUGUAAAGUUCAUACGAGAUGAUGUAGUAAGCACAUCGAUAGUUUACACUUCCCAGUUAAAUGAGUCGAUACCUAUAGGAACUUCAUUCGAUACUGUCGAGGAAUUUGUAGCUCGAGUAAAAUCUUCUCCACAAUGGGAUUAUGCAGAAUUCGCACUUGAAUCGGCAACUACUAAUGAUAGUUUGACCUUUACACCUGCAGAAAACACAAGUUAUAAGGAAGUAAUUUAUUUAGAAUCUAGUUUAAAUCCUUAUAAUCCAGGUUCUAGUGUAAGUCAUCUCGGUUUAAGAUAUCAAUCAACUCCCGAUUUUUUGAUGACAUAUUAUCUCAAUCCUGGAGAUUCAUUAGAAUACUUAAUCCAAAUAAAUGGGAAUUACUCAUCUCCAAUUGGACCCAUAAUUUUGUCCAUACUUGAAUCGAUAGGAUAUGAAACAGAUGCUUGUCCUAAUCCAAUUAUACCUACAUAUGAAAAUCAAUGCUAG